CCGGCUGCGCUGCGCGGGUUGCCCCUCUCCUGCCCCUUCGCCCCCUCCAAGGCCCAAGGCGCCGCGGCGCGUGCGCAGCGUGACGUGCGUCUACUCGAGGGCUAGUGGCGAAGCCGCGCGGAGCCCAGACCCCAGCGCCCGGCCCUAGCCGCCGUGCGCGCCCGCUGUCGCCACAGCUUCCGCCCUCGCUGCCCGCCGCCCGUGGCCAUGGCGCCCCCGCGCGCCUGCCUGCCGCUGCUGCUGCUGCUCUUGACGCUGCUCCUCCGCUGCUCCGGUGACCUGGAGCCGACGUUCUCCCGCUGCUGCGGCCUGGGCACCCGCUGGGCCCUGGACAGCCCCGGCCAGCCCUGCGCCGUCUUCCCAGCCCCCGUGGCCGGCGUGCCGCCCGAGCAACAGAGCGUCUGCCUCUCCACGGUGUCCAUUUGCUGCUUGAACACCCAGAGGGAUAAGCAGUGCGAUGAAGGAAAAACAGCUGCACAAACUGGCAGCGAGUGUGUCUCAGUUGGCAAACCUGGUGGCGAGUACCACAAGGAUUGCUGUGAAGCAUGCAAACUGGGACUUUUUUCUGGUUCCAUGAAUAUGGGUUGUUCAUUCAAUAAUUUCUCAUUUGGAUAUCCAUGGGAUGAAGCGUAUCGUGUUUGUUGUUUGGAAGCAGUCACAACAACAACAGCAAUGACUUUUCCAAGCAGCAGUAGUAGUAGUACUACUAGGGGAAAAGAAGAUAAGAAUACAAUACCAACUCCCAGUUUAGAUAGCCUUUGUGAUCUUCUACCUGGCCAAUUAUGUGCUCAUAUUUGUAUACCAGAACCUGGAUCGUAUCGAUGUGCUUGCAGAGAGGGCUUCUCAUUAAUGGCUGAUAAAAAAACAUGUCAACAAAAUGAAAUAGCUGAUAGGUGUAAAACAAACAAUCCAUGUGAACAAAAGUGUUUGGACACUGGAUUCUCUAUAGAAUGUUCAUGUGCUCCAGGUUAUACUUUGGCACUAGAUGAAACUAGUUGUGAUGAUAUUGAUGAGUGUGCACUGAAAAUGGAUUUAUGUACAGAAAACAAUUUGAUUUGUAAAAAUGAAAAUGGAAGUUAUUCAUGUGUCAGUUCUGAAGGUGAUGUAAUUAAGCCCCCACAACUACAUAAUCCAACAGAUAAAUUUCCCAUAUCCUCUUCAGAAGGAAGAGAAUCAACAAAAUGUCCAACAGGAUUUCAUUAUAAUUUGGAAUCUUCAGUUUGUGAUGAUAUUGAUGAGUGCACUGUAAAUCCAAACAUAUGUGGCUCAAAUGUAGUCUGUCAAAACACCAUAGGUUCGUAUUCUUGCUCACCAGCUGAAGGAUGUCCUCCAGGAUAUGAAUUCAGUUCUGUAGAGAAAACCUGUGUUGAUAUAAAUGAAUGUGAAGCAGGAUUCCACAACUGUGAUUCCCAAACAGAAUUCUGUUUAAAUACAGAAGGUAGUUUUACUUGUCAAACACGAACUCAGAAACCUUCUUGUCCUGCUGGAUAUAAACUUGGUGCACAGCCUGGCACUUGUGAAGAUGUGGAUGAAUGUGCUGAGAAUAUCCAUAGCUGUAUUCCUGAAAAAGAAAUGUGUCGAAAUACUGUGGGAGCUUAUGAAUGUGACAUGCUGUGUUUAUCGGGCUUCCAGUAUAGUCGUGCCCUCAGGACCUGUGUUGAUGUUGACGAAUGUUCAGAAGGGCUACAUGCAUGUGACACAUCAGAGAAAUGUGUGAAUGAAAUAGGACAUUAUAGAUGUGAUCCCACGAAACCUCCUAAUGUAAACAUGUUGAAGCCUAAUGUUCUAGAUAACCAACAAGGCUGCCCAUCUGGUUUCAGUUACAGCAGUGACAGAAAAACAUGCUUAGAUGUGAACGAGUGUAUGGAAGGUACUCAUGAGUGUAGUCCAGGAGAGCUCUGUUUAAAUGAAGAGGGUGGCUUUUCAUGUACUCCUGUAUGCUCUGUGGGCUAUAAAGUUGAUCCUAUAACAUCACAAUGUAUUGAUGUUGACGAGUGUCAUGAAAAAUUAGAUACUUGUCAUAAACCUUAUGAAAGCUGUCAGAAUACAAAUGGUAGUUUUAUAUGUGUUCCUGCAGCCAACUGUCCAUCAGGCUAUAGAAGAACUCAAGAGGGCCGCUGUGAAGAUAUUGAUGAGUGUUCAGAGAGUAUUCAACCACCUUGUGAAGUGAAUCAGAUUUGUGUUAAUCUGCCUGGUGGUUAUGAAUGCAAAUGCAAACCUGGUUUCCAGUUUGACACUCAUGUACGAGCUUGUGUAGAUAUUAAUGAAUGUCAAACAAAUCAGCAUGAGUGCACAGCUAGUCAGAGAUGUGACAAUACACUUGGUUCAUAUCAGUGUAUUCGUUUUACCAGUUGUGGCACGGGGUACACACUGAAUGCUCAAACAGGUCAAUGUGAAGAUGAUGAUGAGUGUCUUCUUGGCACAGAUAACUGCAAAAACCUGGGUCCAACAUUCCAGUGUCGCAAUAUUGCAGGUUCUUUUCGGUGUGAUAGGAAACGUUGUGGUGAAAAGCAAGUACUGCAAAACAAUGGAGAGUGUAAGGAUGUUACUUGUCCACCAGGUUUGAUUCCAGGUCCUUAUGGAACCUGUGUAGAUAUAAACGAGUGUGAAAAAGAAAAUCCAUGCAGACGUAAUCAGAGAUGCAUCAACACCAGAGGAUCAUUCCGCUGCAUCAAUUUAAUCAACUGUGGUGGAGGUUUUCAGUUGAAUGAAGCUGGUACUCAGUGUAUAGACAUUGAUGAAUGUGCCCUUGGCACUCAUGAGUGCACUUCACAGCAAACAUGUCAUAAUCGCCAAGGAGGUUACACAUGUCAAUGCCCACCUGGUCACACAGUUAAUGAAAAUAGAGAAUGUGAAGAUGUUGAUGAAUGUGCUGAUUUCCCAGGCCAGUUAUUAAGUCUUCUGUAUAAAAAUAAAUGUCACAAGUCAAAAUGUCGUUUCCAGUUUUGUCCUAGCAAUUCAAUUUGUGAAAAUACAGUUGGAUCAUAUCACUGUAGAUGCAAUGAUGGUUUCAAAUCAGUUCCAGGAGAAAAGGCAUGUGCAGAUAUUGAUGAAUGUACGGAAAGACCUGGAGUGUGCCAUCAAAAAUGCAUCAAUGUGUGGGGUAGUUACCGUUGCAUCUGUGAUCAAGGUUAUGCUUUGCAAGGAGAUGGAAGGACAUGCCGAGAUAUUGAUGAAUGUGAUGAGUUCAAAGAUCGAAAUCUCUGCAUUGGCUUAUGUGUGAAUGAACCUGGCAAGUACAAAUGUGAGUGUCCAGAAGGAUAUCGUCUAGGAUCUGAUGGUAGAACAUGCCAAGAUAUAAAUGAAUGUGCUACUGGCACACCCUGCCGUGGUGACAAUGAAGUUUGUGUCAACACAUUAGGUGGUCAUCGUUGUCCAGCUAUCCAUUGUCCUGCUGGAUUCAGCAAGGAUCCAUCACAUAGAAAGUAUGAAAUUUAAAUUACUUUAUUUAUGAUUAUAUUGUAAAUUGCUAAAUGAUGCAACAAUUUGAGAUUGUGCUUUGAAGGAUUAUGUCAUCAAAACUUAAUUAUUAAUUGAAUGUUAUAAUUAGGAGCUUUUAUUCUUAUUUGUUCUGUGGAACGCAGGAAGUUAUUACACAUUAAAAAAUAUUUUAACAUUUGCAACAUUUAGCAGUUGACAAAUUCUUGUCAUAUUACACUAAAUUUUAACUUUUUCAUUGUGCUCUGGUUCUUUCUUGUGUGUCUGGUUCCUUUUGUCCUAAAAUAAAGGAAAUUCAAUGGUACAAUGGUCUUAAUUUCCUUUUACAGCCAGGACAUUGCUUUAUAUAUUUUUAUACCUUUUCCUCAAGUUUUUGUAUCUAAAGUUAGCUCUGGACAGCCAGCGAGCAAUCUCUACACACUACAUGCCUUCAUGAAAUCCCCUUACACCAGAAAAUGCUUAAUAGGAUUGUAAAUUUUGAUAACCUUUUUUUUGUAAAGAAUUUUUUUAUUAUUUUGUGUACUUUUUCUGUGAAACAAAGACUUUUACAAGACUUAAAAUACAAAUGAAUAUGCAAAAUAAAUAUCGAAAUAAAUAUGCGAAAUAAAGUCGAUAGCUACUAAUGUAUUCUCAAGGACAAUGUAUCAUACAUAAGGACGCUAGGACUAUAUACAGCAUAAUAUUGUUAAAAAGCUGAUAUAUUUAUGUACUCUAUGCACAUGACAUAUACAAUGGUAUUUUGAUGCUCCAUAUUCAUGCCCUGUUUCAAACUUCUAUCCAAAAUCAUGACCUAAACCUCGGAGAUUCAUGCUAUUGGAGCACUUUCAUUUUGGCAUGCUGAACCACACAUUGAGUUAGUGUUCAAACUCAACAGUGUGACUGUGUGUGCAAUGUUUUCAUUGGAAGCCUUCUUUGAUGACUUUGAGAGCAUUUUGUCAACCCUACUCGUGAAUGGGCAAUAUCAGCGAAGUUUCCAGUGUGCUACACUACUUGUUUACAAUUCAAAUUAAGCUUUGUAGUGUACUUGUGUUUAUUUGUGACAAUAUCCCCUGAAACUUUGUCAGGUGAGACAUUUUUUAAUCUUUCUAUUCAUUCAAAACUGGUGUAAAUAUGACUUCAUAUGCACAAUAAAAUACAUAUUUCAAUGCUACAAUUCCUAUAUCUGUGCAUAAAGUUCUGUAAAAUUUGCUCUGAGGUUCAGAAACAAUCUAUAACUUUUCAUUAAAAUCUGACCCUACUUAUAAAAUUAGAUUUUGUUGAAAGCUAAAUUAAAAGUAAGCAUUUUUGAGGGGCCACAGCUUAAAAUGAUGUUGAUAAUGGUGAUGGUGAUGGUGAUGAUGAUAAAGAUCACGGUGAAGAUGAAGUUCCAAGAGUUCAUAGAAAAGCUGAAUGAGGAAGAAAGACAACUUUUAGAAUUUUCAGUGCCAUGACAGGUUUUCUCCCCAGCCACAAGGUACAAAACUAUUAGGAGCUGGUUAAGAAGGUGGACAAUUUUGGUGAAAAAGGUCUCUCAUAAACAAAUGCUGGAUUGCCAUCUUGAAAGCUUCAAGGAAAAUAUGUAUGACUUUUUAGAGGGAUGAGGGGAAAGGUCGACAAGGAAAGGAGAGCUCUCAUAAACAUAAACUAAAAAAUCAUUGACAACAAUUGAAGAGUAGAACAGGAGAUUGCUUUUGGGGACAUCUUUGCAAGAGUCCACUAGUCCUAUAUACACAAAAGUUGAUGCCAUGUAAAUCUGUUUAAUUAUCUAACCCAUAACUUGAAACAUUUGUUUAAUGUUCUUCUAAAAUAUUAACAAACAUUGUGAUGCAAUAUGAUAAUGAAAGAAUAGUCUGGUUUAUAAUUUCCAACUGCCAAUAUCUCUUAUACAUUAGUUCUUAUGGAAAUGGAGUAUAGUUCAAAUGUAACCACAUAUACAUUAAGUACAAUAAUCAGCUUUUAAAAUCGUUAAAAGGUAUGAGCCAAUAGAGUUUACAGGUGGUAUAGUACAUUGCCAUUUAUAGUACAAUACCUUAAAAGCAGUCAAAUAAAAUGUAUCUUUUGCAUCCAUAUUUUAUUAUGUGUUUUAAGACAGUGUCAAAGUUUUAGUUUCUCAACAAAGUACACAAAAAUUGAAAAAAGUCAUUCUUUUAAAAAUAUGAGGUUAUGAAAAUUAAGUUUUUGCUAUGUGAUGAUUCUAUCAGGCCUUGUCUAAUGCUGGAGAAUAUCCUCAAAGCUUCUGGGUGCAGAGAGCUCUUGCUGAUCAGACAAAGCAAACUUUGGGUACAAAACCUGUGAAAAAGUAUGAAACCAUGAAAGGAUAUUAAGCAAAAGACCGUGCAUGCUGAUGUUAUGUGCAUAAUUAGAUCUUUUUAUUUCUAAACCAUGAAUUAUGGAUAAAUCUUUGACCACAGUGAAUAAGUAAUAAGUCUGUUUUUCUCUGAAAAUGAGAUAAGAAUUUUGCUGGAUUCCUCAAAUUUGUUCUCAACAUUUUUCAUUAAUCAGAUAAGUUAAAUUCCUUUUGGCUGCUGAGUAAUGGAUUCAUGUGUAGGUUAUUUAUGAACGUAAUGUACAUUUCAUAAAGCCAGAAACACUAACAUGCUAAUUUGAGUUGUAUAUAUUCAAACUAUAAGAAUGUUUUGAGAUUAUUGAUGAUCAUCAAAUAAGUUCAUUUAUCAAUUGUUCACACUAGACGAUUGGUUCAUAUGAUCAUAAUAAGACAAGAUAUGUUGCUUUCCAUUAAAAUUGAGUUUUCACAAGUUAUCUGCUUAUUCAUAUGAGGUCAAAGAAACUGUGUUCAAUGAAAGUGUUCAUGAAAAUGUGCAUGAUAUUUGAAUGAAAGGCGGCAUGAAUAAUGCAAGAAAGAGCAAUUGAAUAAUGAAAAAUUGCUUAUUAAUAUCAUGCAUUUAAAAAAUCAGUACAAUAUAGUUUCUUUUCGGGUGACUUUCACAAAACAUUUGAUAAACACUUGAAUUACCUUUGAUGUAUGUUUAGAUAUAUUUGGUCUGAUUUUGAGAUAUGUCUGGUACAUGCCAAUUCUAAUACAUUGUGUGAUAAUCAACUGCAAUAUAAAAUAUUUGCAUGGAACAUUGUACCAAAAUGAGUAUGACUAAUCCGCAUUUUUUUGCUUGUUUGCUCUCUUCCUAUGGUACACUGUACCCUGCUCUGCACUUCUCUGCUGUGUGCUGUACCAUGCUGCGUCCUUCUGCACUGGUUGUACAGCCGGUGUAAACGCGAUCAUAUUGCCUGCCAUGAAGGAGAUCUGAAUUGCCUUCGAAGGCCCUCAAGUUACUCUUACAAUUUUAUAUCUUUUGUGUCAAAUAUUCUUAUCCCCCCAACUGGCCAUCUGGACUUAUUUACAAUGAGAGGCCUAGUGUCUGCAGCAACAGUUUCUUUUAAUAUGGACUUAACUGAAGUACGAGCACCACCAGGAAUAAUUCCAGC